AUGUCGGCCAGUGAGAAAAGCCUUCAGGCCCGAAAGCGAGCGAGCUCGCCAGCGGCCAAAGGCCAAGCAGACCCUAAAGCCAAAGCUGCUGCAAAGGGUCCUAAUAAGGGUGGUAAAGAGGUUGACCAGACGGAGAUUCAACAGCUGUCUGAUGUGGUGGAAGGCUUUCCACCGCAGUUGUGUGCCUUGGCCUUGGGCUCCGCAGGGCUGGCUCGCGCCUGGGUGGUGAGCGACGCUCUGCUGCUGCCGCGGCUCUUGUGUUUG